UGUAGCUGGCUAACACUAAACUGAAUAGCUAUGCGAUGCGUUCUUAAACUGUGUUACAUGCAUUGCAUGGUUUAAAUUUUAAUGUUUUCCAGAAGCAACGAAAAAAGCAAUCUAUUUAAGAUAUGGGUAACUCAAGUUCAGACAGGGCAUGGCUCACCGAAACUUGAAAGUAGCUAUAUUAGCUAGCUACCUAGCUAUAGUUAACUUACAGAACUGCUUAGCGGUAACGUUAGCUAGAAAAUCUUGACUUAGCAACCACUGGGUGGGUCAAUGCCCAAAAUAGUCAGGCAGUGCAUGUAUUGACAUUUGCACAUAUAUUUUGGAAAGCACAGGGAGCAAAGGUGAUUUCGUGAGUUACAGUGCGACAUUAUCACGAGAGUGUAUUUUUAGUCUUUUAAAAAGUACACACGCGUUCGUGGUUAUGUAUUAUGUAGCUGAUAUAGACUAUGUUACGCACAUCAGGGAUAUUUAUUUCGUCGAUGUGACGAACGUGAAUAAAUGCAUUCACCGGGUUGCGACCGCGAAUCUACUAAGGAAUCGUGUAAGGUAAUCAGACUAAGCGAUGACAAGGCCGAGCCACAGCGAUCAUGUCCUGCAGCAGCUCAACAACCAGCGGGAGUGGGGUUUCCUAUGUGACUGUUGCAUAGCCAUUGGGGACAUUUACUUCAGGGCCCACAAGGCUGUGCUGGCGGCUUGCAGUUCCUACUUCAGGAUGAUGUUUAUCAAGGACCAGCAGGCUAUGGCACGCCUGAACCUCAGCAACAUGCAGAUCAGCGCAGAGUGCUUUGAUCUUAUCCUGCAGCUCAUGUAUUUGGGCCGGAUCAUGGUGGGCCCCUAUGAGUUUGAGGAGCUUAAAGCUGCCAUGGCCUACCUGCAGAUGUAUUACAUCCCUGAUUCGCUGGACGAUCUCAAAGACCUUCGGAGCUCCAACCUCACGCCUUCUUCCUCCUCCUCUUCAUCCUCUUCCUCGUCUGGCUCCUCUUCAUCCUCCUCAGCUCCAGGGUCUUUAGCGGGGAAAAUGAUGUUUGGCGUGCGCAUGUAUGAGCAGCAGCAAGGGCAAGGUGCCGCGGAGGGGGAGCAUGGGCAGCAGGCCUCCAGCUCUGCCCCUGCUCUGCCCAGUAUUAGCAGUACCGUGGGGUGCGGGGGAAAAGCGGUGGAGGAGGUGGUGCUACCGCUGGCACUGUCCCACAGCGUGCCCCACGUUGCAGACAUUGCAGCCGAGCAACCCUGUGACCUCCGGAAGAAGCCCUCAGGGAGGAGCUCCAGCUUAAAGGAGCGCCCUCGGUUCGGCCGCACAUUCACCUGCGACGACUGCGGCUUCGUCUUCAGCUGCGAGAAGCUGCUCAUCGAACACAUUCUCACCUGCACCAACCGCAAGGCCUUCCACGCCCCGAAGGCCAACGCCGGGGGCGACAACGACUCCAGCAAGGCAGAGAGCUUAGCUUCGGAAGGCUCUGACGAUCACGGCGACGUAUGCAAAACGGAAUGCGAUUGGCUUGACCAAAAGUCAGAAACGGAGGCGUUCAACAAGGAGACGGUGAUCAAGUCCGUGGGAGCAGGACUGGGCAAGUCAAAGACCGCUCGGAAUACCAUCAUUAUCAAAGUGGAGCCUGAAGAAAAUUCAGAGAUGGAUUUGGGCGGUAUAAAAGUAGUGCGGGUGGGAGAGAGUAGCGCAGAGGACUGUACCAUCCUGAGCACUCAGUUUGAGGACACUGAUAAGCAGCAGAGUGUUUUUGACAAAGACGAAGAGAUGGGCAUGUCCGGCAUGGAGGACAGCAACGAUCCGUUCGACGGCCACGUGUCCACCAGCGAAGCGGGCAAGGUGAUGAAAGGGCGGCAGAUCAAGGAAGAGCGGCAGGAAGGGGUGUACUUGCCGUGCGAGUUAUGUGGCGCCCUUUUGACGGAGGACGACCUGUCCGCUCACUACAUCUCCAGCCACAUGAGCAGCAUUUGCGCCUGUGGGAAAUGCGGCCAAAUUCUCAUCAAAGGGAGACAGCUGCAGGAGCACGCGGAGCGCUGCGGGGAGCCUCAGGAUGUGGAGACGGACUCCCUGGGGGACGACUCCCUUUCCGAGGACAAGCAGGCCGUGGAAGAGGGCUUGCUGGAGGGUGAUAUGGGCUUUGAGGGUGACCUGGGCCCUUCGUGCCAGGUGUACCGGGACACUUGCCUAGCCUUCCGCUGCCCGCACUGUGGCCUGAACUUUGAAAGUGAGAAGCUGGUCGUGGAUCACAUGGUCAAGUGCCCGGAGCAGGAGCUGUACCGCUCGUCUCUGAUGGAGGAGGGCGAACGGGACCACCGGCGGAAGCACUUCUGCAGCAUCUGCGGGAAGGGCUUCUACCAGCGCUGCCACCUGCGGGAGCACUACACGGUUCACACCAAGGAGAAGCAGUUCACCUGCCAGACCUGCGGCAAGCAGUUCCUGCGGGAAAGGCAGCUCCGGCUACACAACGACAUGCACAAGGGCAUGGCCCGCUACGUCUGCCCAGUCUGCGACCAGGGCACCUUCCUCAAGCACGACCACGUGCGACACAUGAUCUCGCACCUCUCGGCCGGUGAGACCAUCUGCCAGGUGUGCUUCCAGAUCUUCCCCAGUAAUGAGCACCUGGAGCAGCACAUGGACGUGCACCUGUACAUAUGCGGCGUGUGCGGGGAGAAGUUCCGCCUGAGGAAGGACAUGAGGAGCCACUACAACUCCAAACACACCAAAAAGUUCUGAAGGGAGCGGACGAGGCUGUUUUGUAUGUAGAGUUCUGUGCGUGUGCGUACACGCACGUGUGUGUACGCACAUGCUCUCUGGUACCGAAGCCAUAAAUGUGAGAACAAUUUAAUUCACCUGAGCACCAAAAAGCAACUCUAUAUAACAUGCACUUCAAAAUUGUAUGCAUACUUUAGAUUCAUUUUACGCCUUUUUAUAAGGGAAACUAAUGACACAGGUUGUAUUACACAUGUUGUGUUUCUGUUCUCCCCAAGUCAUUUAUUUGCAUUUCAGAUGGAGCAGGAGUACAAGUGGUUUGGAACCGAUAUAGACCUCUCUUCAGCUUUUCCACAGUGAGAGGGGCUAAUACUGUAGCUACCAGUAUGGACUAGGCAAUUUCUUUUUCUGUUGGUGCUGGCAAAUAUUUAGUGGGAUCUAUUUAUUUAUUUAUUUUUAUGGUUGCCAAAAUGGAAUAAGAUUUUUCUGUUGUCAUUCAUUCUUUCCAUUAGUCUCAAAGGAGCUGGGUGAUUUUGGUUCUCAGAGUUUCUCUGAAUCAGAAGUACACAUCAGCAGGCCAGAAGCGCAGUCCAGGAGUUAUUUGAAAAUCAUAAUCAUGGGUGUAGGGGAGAAAUUUGAAAAAAGUAUUUUUAUACUGAUACAAUUAAUGUGAAGGCUUAGUUUGAUUAAUGUUAAUGUUAAUAACAUGCUAUACACAAUCUUGAUUUCAUUUUCACCAUUAUGGCAUCAGUCUGAACCGUGUUCUGAUUUGCAUUAUGGGGUGAUGAUGUAUAAGAAUAUGCAUGUCAGCAAAUAAAAAGCAUUUCCUUUUUUACAAACCCCUGUAUGCAAAUUGGAAAACUACGCCAAAUAUGAUUAAGUUGGUCCAUAUGCAAACAAGAUUGAAUUCAUCUUGAAAAUGAAAAUCUUCCAGCCAGGAAAAAAAUUAAUGUUUUAAAAAAUAUAUACAGAAGUGUUUCUACAAUAUUCAGGUAAUUAAAAUGCAGCCACAGCUCUGAUUGAGAUAGAAAAACACUAGAAGCUCUCUUGGUUGAUUUACAGGUAGCCAAUACAGCCAGAUUAAUUUUCACUUAUAUGCAUUUUAGCAAUCAUUAUCCUUUUUAAGUGACUGUAUGACUGUCAUAGUUUUGUUUUUUUGUACAAUAUUUUUCUGUUUUGUCCAUGCUGUUGUGAGCCAUUAUACAUUUCUAAGAAUGCUGUCUGUCCAUUCUGCAGGCCCAGGUGCCCCCAAGGCUGAGGAAAACACUAGAAGCAUCUGUAAAAUUCCUGAAAUGUCUGAUUCAACUUACUGAUUAGUUCUGUUAUGAGCGUCAACUCUUGGCAGCAUGCAUUACAUUUACAGUGCGUUAAGGAGAGCAUCAAGGCUAGGCUCAAGUUGUUAUGACCUGUAUUUGGCCUAUGACUGUUCUUCGACACAAUUGAGAACGAAGUUGGAGUGUAUCAACUAUUGAAGCUAAGCGUAUUCAUAUACAGUAAAACUGUAAUAUCUUUAUAUUAAAAUCCAGAAAAACACUUUAGUUUUCCCUUCCUGGUCCCACCAUUCCUACAUAAGAAAGACAUGGGGGACACUUGAUAUUUCCCAUAAAGAAAGACGUGGGGAACACUCAAUAUUACCAAAUUUUGAAAUUUCAUAAAUGAUGACACUGUGUCAAGAACUGGACCUAACUAGCAAGAAGCUUGAAUUGAGCUAUAUUGUGCUAUUCAUAUGACCUUCUGCAUCGUUUAGAGUUAACCAGUAUCAGCAUAACAUCUUUAGACCUUUUUUCUGAAACAAAUACCCUGUCAUAUUUCAUUUUGAUGAAAUUGGCCUACUUUUAAGAACCUGGAAAUAGAACACUUGCUAUGGUUUAAAUGUACUAAUUUUCAAAUUUCAAAAAUCCGUGCCUGUGUUUGUUUUUAGUUUCAGAAAUUGUAUUUCUCUGUUGGUUUAAAUAUCACAAUUGGCAGUAUAUUGAAAAUUAAAAAGAUAGUGUUGUACCCUUCUUUGCAGGAAUUGAAUCAAAGGCGAUGACAUUGGUUCUGCUAUGACUUUCAAUUGCACUCUGCAUGGCUUGGGUAUUACAGUGAUGUCACUCAGUGCAGUCUUGUCCAUAUCCUGUUUUUAGCUUUAUAUCGGUCUUGUACAGUCUGAGGUAUGCACUGUAGGUGGAGGCGACAGUAAGCUGCUUAGCUUUGUACACGUCUCAAGAGUUGGAGAAUGCUACCCCCGGGCACCAAUAGUAAUACCUAAUGAGUAGAGAAAGUAUUGCUAGAUUGGGAGUAAAUGCACACCUAAUGUAUUUGUUACAGGUCAGCUGUAACAAACAAUGUUACAGAAUUCUGAAUCUAAAAAGCAGACAAAUAUGAUGCUCUAGUUUCAUUCAAAUAUAAAGUAAUCAGUUGUGCUUUUGUUCUUGCUUCAUUUCAUGUUUUUGCAGGUUUUGAACAAAACACAUGUAAUGGAUAAUGUAAGUGGAUUUUUUUUUGUAAAGGGCAGUGUCUGAAGUGCAUAUUUUACAAUAAAACUUUUUUUUACCAAUAAAGUCCACAUGCUUUUAUGAAGCUUUAUACUCA